CACACCAACCACAGACAUAUACCUAUUGAGCUAUAAACCUAUUCCUCCAAUUCACAAAAAAGUUACAACAACAAGAAAAAGAAAAUGGAAGUGUUGGUGCAUAGCCCCAGAGAGAGUCCUAACAUAGAUCAUUUCGAUUUCAAUAGAAUUUCACCUUAUCUAAGUACACCUUCUUCACCAAAACGAUUUGGUGAAGAUUUUUACUUAAGUGCACCCACUAGCCCAUCAAGGUUUUUCUCUCAAUUUGAAGAUGAAGAUGCUGGAUUUGCGUUUUCUGUUCAUAGAGAAUCAGAUUCAUCACCUCGUUCAGCUGAAGAACUUUUCCAUGGUGGUGUAAUCAAGCCUUUAGAAUCUGCUAAAUCUCCUCUUCUAUCUCCAAAUAGAGUCAAAAAAUCUCCAAUAGCAAAAGGUAAAAAAGCUAUAAUGGAAGCUUUUUCACCUAAAAAUAAGAAAGAUUCAUCUCUUGGUAAUGGAGAAAGAAGAGGUAGAGAUAGAACACCAGCUUCUGAAUUUUCUUCAUCAAAUUCUGGUCGUAGAGUUACACGUUCACAUUCUCCAUAUAGAACAUCACAAUACACAUGGGUUGAAGAACAACAACAGCAUAAACAAUCACAGAUUAAUAAAGAGGAUUCUGUUGAAUCUGUUCAAACCGUUUCUUCGUCCAAGAGUUCAAGAAUAUGGAGAUUGAGAGAUUUUUUGUUGUUUCGUAGUGCAUCAGAAGGAAGAGGAACAAGCAAAGAUCCAUUCAGAAAAUUCCCUGUUUCAUACAACAAGAAAUUAUCUGAAGAAGGAAAAGGUUCAUCAUCACCGUUUAGAUCUUCUGAGAUUCCAAGGCCUAGAAGAAAGGAUUCUGGUGUUUCUGCACAUGAAUUGCAUUAUGCUAGGAAAAAAGCAGAGUCUGAAGAUUUGAAGAAGAGAACUUUCUUGCCUUAUAAACAAGGGAUUUUGGGUAGGUUAGCUGGGUUAGGAUCAAAUACAAGAUGAAUGUCAUGCAUUUUUUUUCUUCAUUCAUUCAACCUCUCAAACAAUUUUCUUUUCAUCAAAAAUGUAUUCUUUUGUUGAAAUUUUAAUAUACCAUUAAUUGUUAUUAUUGAUAUGAAAACGUUCAAUUAUAAAGACUAAUCUUUAAGUCGAUAAGACACGACAAAGUUCUAUUAUUGUGUAUA